GAUCAGGUUCACGCUCAGUGUGCUUGAGACUGUCUCAAAAGAACGCGCGAUCUCCAAUUCUGUAGAAAAAAAUUUCCUCGCAAGCCGGGCAGUCCGGUAGAACUCAACGCAGGUUACGCGAUUUGCAAACCCAUAAUGAUGAGUCUCAAGAAAGUCUUCUGUCUGCUUCUGUUCGUCGCAGGCGCAUCGGCAAUCGAGUGCCCCGCUGGCUACGAGGUCGUUGGGUCCAAGUGCAUCCACCGCCUGCAUGACAGUUACCUUACACACAAUGACGCGGUGGCUUACUGCUACCAGAACUUCGGCAGGCUGCCCGUUUUGCCAGAUUGCGCUUCCUUCAUUGGUGUUGCCACUUAUGUCGACAAUGGAUGUUUGUGCGCUGUUCCAUACGACCUGGUGGGCACGCAGUGCGUUCACCUACUGCCAACAAGUUACAACUUUACCGAUGCACGCACCGCGUGUGGGUCAACAGGAGGAGAUUUGAUAAUUCUAGAUGACUGCGAACAGUACAGCAGGGUUAUCAAAUACCUCAUGGAGCAAGGCUACAGCCCUUUUGGAUAUUGGAUUGGUGGCUCGGAUGAAGCCUUAGAGGGACAGUGGCGCUGGAUUGACGGUUCUCCAAUGGCAAUGGGGCUGCCUUACUGGUCAAAUGAAGGUGAAGAAGACCCAGAACCCGACAACCCCGGCGUGGAGAACUGUCUGGAGCUGAGCUCUCAGUGGAUGUACCGCUUCUCCAACACGCUGUGCUCCAAUUCCAGACGCGUGAUCUGCGAGGCGCAGCCUCUCUAGAUCAGUGAUGCGCAGCCCCUCUAGAUCUGCGAGGCACGGCCCCUCUAGAUCUGCGAGUCACCGCCCUCCUAGAUCUGCGAG